UUCACAGAGCGACACCUUCCCAGCUCCCUUGACAAACUACAGUUCCCAGGACGCCAGAUGCUUCGCGAUGUGCUUUAAAUGCUUGGUACAGACGUGCCGAGACAGGACCGUUCCCACAGAGCUUGCAGCAACUAGUUCUCACCCCCCUGCGCGCAAACACCCCCCCCCUGGCGUGCUUGUAGGGUGCCCAGACAGGCACAGCCGAGUUUAUCGCAUUCACACGGCACACCAUCGUUGCAUGCGUGGUAUCCACCCGCCUCAGGUUGUCUGCACCUUCGUCACCCUCGGGGCGAAGAACCCGCCGAAAGGGAGGAACGCGUCUAACUGAGCUCCAGUCACUUCCCUGGGCCUACUCUUGAGUCAAGCUCGGUUGGCUACCGCCCCCUGGGAGGCCGCGGCGGGGCUCGCUCGCCCACGACGACCAAACGCGCCUGAGGACUGGCGCCUUGGACCCAAGAACCCAAGGCGCUGCUCCUGGCAGGGCCAGGCGGAGCUGCCCGAGCGGUGGGUGGCUGAGUGGCCAUCAGCGCCCCCCGCCGGUCUCCCUGCGCUGCAACGCGCCCCCCGCCCCUCCUCGACAGGGGAGGUGCAUGCUCCGAGUGCGCCGCGCCUCCUCCCGGGCUCAGCCCCUUGCACGUGCUUGGCCCGCCUGGACCGGGAGGAGGAGAAGGAGGAGGAGAGCCGUCGGCUCCUUUUCCAGUCCGAGAGCGGUGCGCACGUUCACACGCGCGGGCGGUCAGCCCAGGAGACAGCUCCGGGUCGCGGCCGUGGCACCGCUGCUUCUGCUCCUGCCAUCAUGUCGGUCGAUUCGGAUCACGCCCGCCGGCGGAGAUACACGCACGACAACUACGACUUCCCCAAAGACUUUGAGCACAAGGCCGACCUGCACCGGAGGGGGUCCCUCUGCGACAGGCACUGUGCCGCCAUCAACAACCCACAGGGGGACGUGGGGGACAUCCAUUCUGGUUCUCAUCAGCUUGGCCACAGCAUCCUCACGCCCAGGAUUCUCCCAGUGUUUUCAAGUCCUUCCUGCUGCCCUCAUCACUCCGAGGAAGUGCAGACGUGUGAUGGCUGUUUGAUGAGAACCACCCUCACGGCGGAGAACGAGGUGGAAGCUCACAAGCUCUCCAACAAUUAUAAGUUUGGCUUUAAGAAAUGGAAGAGCCACGUGACAGCCAGGCCCUGGGAAGACCGUUCAGAAAUUGUGAAGGAGCUCUACUCGGACCUGAACAUAAUUAAAAGCCCCGCAGGUUCCAUGUUGGCGUGCGGGAAUAUCUUCUACCUGCUGUUCUUCGGAUGGUGGCUUUCUUUGCUCUACUUCCUGGUCUCCGUGGUGAUGUUCCUCACUGUGCUGGGAGCCCCCUAUGGAAAGCUGUGUUGGAAACUGUCUGGAUAUUUCCUUUGGCCAUUUGGAAAAGUGAUUCAGAAGACAAAGACUUACAAUCAGAAUUGCAACAUGAAGUUCAGCAAAUACGACGCCAUUGUUGAAGUCAAUGAGGUGAAGGAGACGACGCCCCUUCUCACCCGGCAGGAGUCGGCUAGUCUGGACAGCACACCUCACUGGCGGUGUGUCAGCACCUACGUCUGGCUCCUCUUGGGCUACCCGCUCCUCUCCCUUGCCCACGGACUGGUUUGCUUCAUCUGCUGGCUCCUCGUCUUCAUCAUUCCCAUUGCCAAGAUGAACGGCCGCGCCGUCACCAAGGUCCUGCUCCUGCCCCCGGAGUGUGUCCAUAUACAGCGCUUGCGGAAGACAGAGGUUCCCCUGGAUGCUGAAGUGGUCCUUUGCUGUUACCGUGCCGUUAAUGCUUAUUAUUACAAAUAUGCUGUGGAUGGGAUCAACGUCUUUGCUGUCAAUCUGCUUCCCCUGGUUAUUGUGACUCUAGUUCUGGGCUACGCGGAUAAACACAACCAUUACACCAGCUCCAUGGUAAAGUUCACCCUGGCUCUGCUCUCCAUAAUGCCUCUCUCCUACUACAUAGGCAUGGCCAUUGCCAGCAUCUCCGCUCAGAGCAAUUUUGCGGUGGGGGCUGUGGUGAACGCCACGUUCGGCUCCAUCACAGAGCUAACCUUCUAUAUCACCGCCCUCAUCAAAGGCGCCCGCGAAAAGAACAAGUGCUACGAGGAAAUUGUCAAGUCUGCUCUGACGGGGACCCUCCUGGGCUGUGUCCUUUUCAUCCCGGGGUUGUGUAUGGUGAUUGGGGGGAUUCGACACCAAGAACAAAAGUUCAACAGCAGAUCAGCCGGGGUCAGCUCUGCCCUUCUGUUCCUCUCUGUGGGAGGUGUGUUUGCUCCAACCCUCUUCUCCAAAGUCUACGGGAGGCUGGUCUGUGGGGAAUGUCAGAACAUCACCCAAGAGCCGCCUGGGCGCUAUGUCUGCCAGAGCUGCCGCUUCGACUUGAUGGCGAAUAAUGGCACCCUCUACUACAGUCACGUUGAGCCCCUGGUGUAUACGGUGUCGCUGUUGCUUCCUGCGGCUUAUGUUAUAGGGCUGCUCUUCACCCUGAAGACUCACUCACACAUCUAUGACAUCCAUGUCAGCGAUUGCCACAUGCCUGGCCACCAUCACAGCGCUGUGGUCCACUGGUCCCGCUGGAGAGCUUUAGUCAUCCUGCUGGUGGCCACCCUCGGCAUGUCCGCCUGCGCUGACCUGGCCACAGAGCACAUCAGCCCCAUCCUAAAUAACGCAACAGUGUCUCAGCACUUCAUUGGCGUGACCAUCCUAGCCAUGGUGCCUGAGCUUCCCGAAAUAGUCAAUGGGAUCCAGUUUGCCCUGCAGAACAACCUCAGCUUGAGCAUUGAGAUUGGGAACUGCAUCGCUGUCCAGGUCUGCAUGUUGCAGAUACCCAUCCUGGUGCUUUUCACCGUCUUCUAUCCCACGGAUUUCGUCCUGGUUUUCAGCGACCUCCACAUCUACGCCAGCAUGUUCAGCGUCGUCCUCAUGAACUACAUCUUUAUGGAUGGCAAGUGCGACUACUUCCAAGGCACUGUGCUGGUGAUGGUUUACUUCACCCUCCUGGCUGUCUACUAUUUUGCCCCUUCGCCUGAUGGAUGCUGAAGUGUUGCUGUGCUGGGCCCCUUCUUGCGAUUCCCUAUCAGCAGUUCCUUCCAAGAAACGUGCCUCUCCCUCAGGGACUCAUCCAGGCCUGGCUUUUUUUAAAAUAAAAAUCAACAGCAGCCGCCCUCCAGGACGCCCCCUUCUUGCGUCCAUUAAGGUAAAAGAGCCUCUCUUAAACUCCUGCCAGCCUAAAGCUUGUUCCCCCAACACUUCAGUGUUUUUACAUGAAAGAGGGCUGCAAGCCAUAAAAGGAUGCUGGCAAACUCCUGUGGAGCCAAGAAAGAAAGUCCAGUCAGCAUAUGAGGCUCCUCACCCCCUCCCUCAGAAGAUUCCCAAGGACCAGACACCUCCAGUGUCUGCUGUUUUUUUUUUUAAGACUCCUGAUGCAUUAGUGACUUGUUGGGUUAGGUCUGUUCACAAUGGCUACCUCGUGUCCUGGUGGUGGUGCUCACAGGGCGACUUCCACGUAAAGCUGACACUGUUCUUUACUCCAGGCACAAUAAAAAAAACCCUCUUGUUUUGAA